UUUGUUAGAAAUAAUACUAUAUUUCCCUCAAUGGCGUGAUGCUGAAUGUAAAACAUUCUAAAUUUACCACACUCUCCCUACAGUAUAAUUAUAGCAUGGAAUAGGUGUCAUUGUUCGAAAGGAGUUAUUCUGUAUCCUCGUUGACAAUAAUGGGAAUCCACCAUAGUUAUUUUCAUGAAAGGAAUCCCCACGUGUGACUUCAUGUGAAACGAAAAUGAAAGGGGUGUUGGAUAGUCCGGUCGUUGAUAGAUCAGUUUCUCUUCUCAUAUUUCGCUCGCUUCGUUAUUAAAAUCUGAAUACCAAAUUAUAGUGUAAACAUUUCCCCUAUGUAAUCAUAUUAGGUCAUACAUGUAGCUAUUAUUCUAUUGUUCGAACAAUUUUUCUCUUCUGUUGACGAUUCUUAAAUAUACCAAGUCUAAAGGGGUUAAAUUAUGAGGAAUGCAUUUGAAAAGGCUAAUAUAGAGCUCGAAUAAUGAUGAUCCUAGAUAAUACAUCGACAUAAAAUUGUUCCUUUACUUCAAAAGUGUGUAAUGUAUUAUAUAUGGAAAACGAUUUGCAUUUAAUCUAUAUUGAUAUAAUAACCCACCCGCUGAUGUAUUAGUAGUUCGUUCCGAAAAGGUGGGGGGUUUCCCCUCCGCUGAAAGUAAUGCUGUUCUGCGAGCUACCAUCAACAACACUUUACUGCCCUACAGGCGCUCAAGGACUGAGGUAAAGGGAAAACAAAUACCCGCGAAUUCCCCUGAAGAUUUGACAAAGGAUUACAAGGCAGUAUGGACAAAGCGGAGCAGUUUGUCAACAUCGACCUAAACGACGACAACAUCUGCGGUGUCUGCAAGCUGGAGACCGACACGGGGACCAUGUCCUUCUGCCAUGUCUGCUUUGAGCUCAGCAUCGAAGGUGUGUCCCAUGCCACCCUCCUGCACUCCAAAUCCCUACGGGGUCACCGGGAGUGUUUUGAGAAGUACCACCUCAUCGCCAACCAGAAGCUGUCCCGCUCCAAGGUCUCACGCAGUGCUUACGAGGGAAUGAAGCUGGCCCUUAGCCAGAAGAUCAGCCGUAUUGUUCAGUACGCCCAGAACAAAGACUCUGUCAGCUUAGAGGGAGGUCCGGGCCGCCGGGUGGGCAAGCACCAGCUCCUUUGCUACAGCCAGAAUGGAGAACGUAAACUUCUUCCCCAGUCAGACGCCCAGGUGCCUCGUUAUACCCCAUGCUGGAACCAGGGGACGGGGACAGGAGGGCUGCCGGACUACGCCACAGGCAUGCUGGAGUGCCACUCGGCCGAGGGGCUGGGGCUACUGGAGGACGGGCAGGGCAUGGGGGGCCUGUGGGGGUCCACAGGGAGGAGGGGUCUUCAUCGCCACAGCCAGUGUUCUGGAGGAGACCACCAGCUGCUGCACUCAAACAAUGGCCACAGCAGAGACGAGUUGAUUAAAAUGAGUGUGGAUGAACUCCACCAGCUGAAUGGCCAGCUCCUGCUACAGAUUCAAAAGGUGUUUGAGGAGCUGACGGUGGCUGUACAGGAGAAAGACUCGCUGGCAUCGGAGCUGCACGUUCGUCAUAUCGCUAUCGAGCAGCUCUUCAAGAACUGUGCCAAGCUUCCCUGGCUGCAGAUCAGCCGAGCCGGGUCCGGGGUCAAGGCCAGCAGCAAUGCCCCCGUGGAGUGAGGGGAGUCUGGGGGUACCUACCUGGCUUGGCUGCCUCUCUCAGGGGGCUGGCUGUCUCACUCCCAGGGCUACAGACACAGGCUGGCCUCUAGCCAGUGCCCUUUGUAUUGUGAAAGACUUGCUGCGUGGUGUGGUUUGUCGCAGAUGAGUGAGGAAUGGACUUGGCCUCCUCUCAUCAUGCUUAAGGCUUUCUGACUGCAGUACUUGAAUAAAGGGCUUGAGGAAAGGCAAUACAAUUGAAGGACCUUGGGAUCCAUUGACUUCCAAAUGGGAACUGUGGGUUGUUGAUCCCCUCUGUUGGUGGACCUGUUGCCUAUGCAGAUAAAGUAUUUUUUAAAGAAUAUCUAUUCAAAUGUAUUUGAUUCAGUGACGUGAGCAAGAUCUUGUUUGCAUAUCUAGCUAAAGUUGUUUUCUUUUCACCAACAUUUCAUUUUUUGGUUUUCAUCUUUUAUGUUUAGCCUUCAUUUGUUAUUUUAAUCACAACAUUUCCUCGCUCCUCAGCAAAUAUUUGGUUGACUUAUUCUGCAGCUGUGGUAGCUGUUUCUAAAUGAUGAGUGAGAUUUUAUUUUGUAAUCUGUGCAGUGAAACCUACUCCUGAGGCUUGAAGAUUCUGUUACAUCACCCACAAUCUAGUUCUAAGUGGAGGUGGGAUUUUAGCCAGUUUUGGAUUAGGGUUGAAUUGAUGUUUUUUUGGUUUUGUAUUUUCAUUUUUUGUUAGUGGCAUGCUGCAAAUGCUAUUCUCUGAUAGUCUUAACUUAAGUUCUCUUGAUUUCAACUGGUAAGGUAUUUUAUGGCUGUCGAGCACAAGUCAUGCCUGUAGUUGAACAAGGGAGUGACAUGAAAUACAUGCUGAUAGCAGAGAAGGCCUGACUGAGCGUUACAUGGUCCAAUCGCCAAACCAAAGUAUUUUUUUUGCUUCAAGGCAGCAAAUGUCAGUAUUUAUUAUUUUACUUGUGGCCUACAAGUAUAGGCCUCGCUAGACCAACUAGAAUUGAUAAUACACUGAUACCAAAUUCACCUGAAAUGUGGCUCAAUGACAAACGUGUGAUUCUAUAACAUAGGUUUAGCUGUAAAGUCCUCUGUUAUGAACCGUUCAACACUUCUCCCCUGGUUUCAUGGUCUGUCAAGUUUUGUUGUGUUAUGAAUGUAUGUAAUCAAUUAUUUGAAUAUUGUUUUACUCUUGUGGUUUUGGGUUUCAAAUGUGCUUUGGUUUUUACUUAUUUUAUUUAUAAUUUUAGCCAAUUAUUUUCUGGGGGUAGGCCUAUGCCUUGUGGAGUUCAAAUUUAUGGAUAUGUGAACUCAAAACAGGAUUCGGCAGUCUAGUUUAUCUGAACAGGAUGUGUCCAACAAUUACCCUUGCCUCCUGCUUUAAGGGCACUGAUUGGAAGGAACCAAUAUAGCUGAAAGAACCCAAAUAAUGAUUUGUUUCACCUAUCCAGCCUGGUCAGAUCAGUGAUUUUUGAGAGAGAAAAAAAGUGACAAACAAAUGAACUAUUCAUGAACAUUUGGGAAACAGCUGUAGUAAGAACAUGAUUGUUUAUGUUUAGGCGCCCUCAGGUGGUGGUUUAAAAUUACUGCAGAGGUUCUUACCACUGAAGUGGAGCCUCUUGGGAUAGUUCUAUAAUUGGCCCAACAUGAAUUUGUAUAUUUUGGGAAGAAAGAAACACUUAUAAUCAGGUUGUGAUGUAUUUGAAUCUCCCAAUGUCAGUCUCCCUCUUUAUAAGAGAUCAGAUUUGACCCCUUUGGGGUUUACACAAAAGGUUUUAGCUCUGCUUUGUCUCAUCCUGGUUUUGUUUGGAUUAAUAAGUGUGUUCUGAGCAGGAGUUACUGAUUUUUUUAGAUACACUUAAAAUAAGGGCUGUGUUUCUUGUAGACUUACCCUGGUGUGACGUUUUGAUAACCAUGUAAAUCUCUC